AAAAAAUCAGUUAUAAAUACCUUUCUACGGGGCAAGACCCUAGAUCCCAAAAAAAAAAAACGCCGCCUCAUCGGGAACCUAACUAAGCCGAUCUUCUCAACAUGUCUCCAACGGAGGGAUGCGCGACAAAAGGGAUGAGUCUACUGACAUUGAACGAAAGGGAAACCACUACUAAGAGAUCCAAACCACGAAAACGCGACAUUGGGAGAAUUCGUGUAAAGGGAUUUAGCAUCGACCUUCCCCGAGAUGAUGUGGAAAGCGCGUUGAGAAAACAUUUCUCUUCAUGUGGAGAGAUCACGGAUGUUUGUGUCCACGUACUCACGGAUAAUUUACUCAGCGAUCGUGGUUUUAUUUAUUUUCUGGGAGGACAAGGCACAGUUGACAAGGCUAUGCAACUUAGUGGAACUGACGUUGGUGGAUGGAAUGUCAUUGUUGAGCCUUAUCCUUUUCUGGAAAAUGCAGACUGGGACCCUGUUGCCUUUGUCCAAGGAUAUGACACUGGUCUUGGGAAGACUGAAAUCAAGAGAAUGUUGUUUAAUCAUUUCUCUUCAUGUGGACAGAUCAUGGAUAUCGAGUUUCACAAUAGCACCAUCGGUGUAGCUUCUGUGUAUCUUUAUGGAGAAGGUGCAGAAGACAAGGUGUUGGAUCUUGAUGGGUCCUACAUGGGAGGAUGCAAAAUACUUGUUAAGCAUAUUAUAACGAAUGGAAUAUACACUGUCCACCCUCGUCGUCGUCAUUAUGGCUGGCCCAGCAGCAGCAAGAGGAUGAGGAGAUGCUUGUGCCGAAAGGAAGGGAAUAAUGUUGACCAUCUGAUGCUACGAAUUUUUCCCGUACGGUUGGUGCAUAUGCGCUCAGUUCAGUCUGGCUGCAGUGUAGUCAAUCAAUUCAAAUCCACACCAGAUAUACCAUUAGAAAAGACCUUCUGAUAAUAUGUACUGAUUCGGCUCCGCCUACCUCUUCGAGAUUUGGGUUUGCUCUUUUUGGUUGAUUGAUGCGACGGCCUGACAGACUGACACUGCACUCUCUAACCCCUCCUCGCCAUGUCUAGCCGUCCUCCGGUAAAUUUAAUCAGCCAUUCUCUUCAUCUCUUGAUACUAUUUAACCUUGCAAGAAGGAAUACGAUUUUCAAACUUUCGUAUUUAUCCAGUAUCUCAACUCAUCAUCAAUCAAUCCGAUAAAACGUGGUAUCAAAAUCAACUUUGUUAAUUCCUUGGUAAGAUCAAGGCUACAUGGGCUUAGUUCAGGGCCGAUAUAAAUUUAAGGCCCAUAAAAUCUUAUUAUAAAUAAAGCUAGGUCAUAUAAAAACCUUUUAAAACAUAAGAAAUUCAAUUAUAAACACCUUCUUCGGAACCCAGGAGACCUAAUUUUAUAUAACAAAGCCGCUUUUCGAAAACCUAUCUAAGCAGAUCUUCUCAACUUGUCUCCAAUGGAGGAAUACGCGACCACCAAAGGGAUGAGUCUGCUGACAUUGAAUGAAAGUGAUGCUAAGAAAAUCAGACCAAAAAACAGCUACAUUGGGAGGAUUCGUGUGAAGGGAUAUAACACUGACCUUCCCCAUGAUGAUGUAGUAAACGCGUUGAGAAAACAUUUCUCUUCAUGUGGAGAGAUCACUGAUGUUUACAUCAGCGUACUACCCAAUAAUACUCUCCACAGUUUUGGUUUUGUUUAUUUUCUCGGAGAAGGGGCAGUGGACAAGGCGUUGCAGCUUAGUGGACGUGACAUGGGAGGCUGGAAUGUCAUUGCUGAUCCUCAUCCGUUUCCUAAAGAUGCAGACUGCCGCCCUGUGGUAGUAGUUCAAGGAUAUGACACUAGUCUUAGUAAGACUGAUAUCAAGAAAGUAUUGAGUUAUUGACUACACAUUUUUCUUCAUGUGGAGAGGUCACCGAAAUCCAGAUUCACAAGCGCAUAGGUGCAGCUGCCGUGUAUGUUUAUGGAGAAUGUGCGGAAGAAAAGGUGCUCGAUCUUGAUGGGAGCUACAUUGGAGAACACAAAAUAAUUGUUAAGCUUUUCAGUGCGCGGAGAAUAUAUACCGUCCACCCUCGUCGUCGUCAUUGCUGUCUUUCCCCAGUUACAUCAUUUUGAUUCUUGAUUCUUGUUUAUUUAUUACCAUAGUUGUUUAUUUUAGUUAAGAAGGGCUAAGAUGACUUUAAAGAGUAGAAAGCUCUCGGAUCUACUGGGAGAAGACAAAGACAAUCUCUAAGUUGUUUGUAUCUUUGUGAAAUAAAUGCAGGUUAAGUUGUUUGUAUCUUUGUGAAAUAAAUGCAACCUGCACUUUUAUGCUGUUUUUUUCAUUUUUCUGAAUCUUAAAAUAAACACUAAUGAUCAU